AUGACUUUUCUCAGUUCAGAUUUAGCUGGGAUAGCAUCAUUCAAAGCAAUAUCAUGGUCUUAUUUUGAAAAUCUUUGUGCCGUCAUAUUGGCAGACAAUACAGUCCAUUUCUUUGAUGAUCGCGGAAAUGAGUUAUAUCAAAAUACCUGCAAACACAACGGUAGGGCUACAUCAGUUGUAUUUUCGCCAAAAACGAACAUUCUCGCUGUUGGUUGGUCAGAUGGUAAAGUUACAAUCUGGAAUAAAGGACAACUCCAAGAAUCAUCACAAAUGCUUACUUCUUCCGUCAGCCUCUUAUUCUGGCACCCAACAGAGUCCAUACUCUUCUCUUCUGCAGAAAAUGGCUCACUCUGUAUUUGGGAUUGCUCAACUAUAAUUUUACCUCUAUUUCAAGGCAAUGCUCCAACACAAUUUUCAAAAGGUACGUUCAUUCAAACAGAAGCACCAUUCGCUUUCCUUACAAACGAUGCCGGCGAAUUAUAUUCGAUUGAUGCAACAGAUAAAUCAGUUACGAAGAUAUACGACUUACCAGCACCAGUUUAUUCACUUGCAUCAUGUGCUGCAACGCGUAGAAUCAUUUCAAUCGGCGGAGAUAACUUAAUGACUCAAUUUUCUUUCCCACCAUCACUUUCUAAAUAUUCGCAAACAAAGCUUCCUAGUGGAGGCGCUCCUACGCUUGUAAAAAUCAGAUCAGACGUUUACGCUUAUAAUAUUGCAGAUUCUAUCACAAUUUUCAACGUUCAAAACGACAAUUCAUACAUCAUUCGUUUACUCAACAAUAAAAACGUCAUUGCGUUCGAUUUCAUCCCUAUUACAGGUACAUUAUACGCUGCAACAGAUUCUGGCCAAAUUAUUUCAUGGAGAGCUACAAUGAAAGGAAUAUUUUCAAGAGCAGGAUGGUCUGACCCAUCUUCUAUCGAUUGCAAAGCACAAAUUGAAAAAAUUUAUAUGUCUCCUUACACUGGCUCGUUCCUUUCGACUUGCAACAACCGCAGACCACUUAUGUUCAGAGUUACAAACUACGAGACAAGCGUCAGCCACGAAGUUGUCGUUUGGCAAACUGCAUCUGACAUGAUUCAGCUUGCAGGCCAAGAUCCAACCAAAAUUGCAUAUCCUGUUGAACGUAUUGGCAUUAGUAAUAACUAUGUUGCCACAAGCUCAGCAAUUUCUACAGAUAUUUUCACGAUAAGAUCAGGAGGCUUAGUUCCUUUCUCCAGAAUGAACAUUAACACACCUCUUGUUGUCAUAUCCAAGGAAUGCAUUUACGAUUGCACAUCUUCAGCUUUAGAAGUCAGAAAUUUGCAAGGUACAGUUAAAUUAACUAUUUCACUCUCAAAUUCACCACCAAAAUUCAUCAAAGUCAAUGGCAAGUACAUCUGCAUUAUGUGCGAAGACAUGUCUUUCUUCUUAUUUGAUAUAUCUCCAAGAUCUCCAAAACUCGUCUUCUCGACCUUCUUCUCCACUCCUCUUGAGACAUACAGGAUCAGGGAUAUCUCAGUUUCCGCCGGCGGCUUCUGUAUCUCCGUUUCUGUCGAUGUUUACGAAGACCAGCAUUGGAGGCCAUAUCCGUCACUUUUCUUACAUUCCCCUCAAUUUGACAAAACCGUUUCUGUUGAAUUUGACGGGCGUGUACCUAUUGGACAUUGUUGGGAUUCAGAAGACACUAGAUUAUUGUGUGUCAGCGCCGCACCUUUCUCACCAGAUUACGAGAGUAACAUGAGUGGUUCUAUGAUUGUUCCUUUGUUUAUUUCCGAUGCAUUAGAUGUUUUCAAACAAACAACACUUUCUGUUUCGAACAAUGCCAUUUUGUGUGCUGUUGAAUUACCACGUGUAUUCAUACAAAGUGCGCAUGGUGUUGUUCCUACUCCUUACGUUCUUCCUCAGUUCGAAGGCCUUGACAAUGCUGAUGAUGCAUCAAAGAAAGCUCUCAUGGAAUUGAAUUUCCAUUUGGCGACAGGAGACAUCGAUUCCGCAUUCAACGCCAUCAGAGGCAUAGAGAACAAAGGCAUCUGGAGAUCACUGGCUCAGAUGUGCGCUCAAAUGAGAAGAGUUGAUUUGGCGGACAUGUGUUUCGGAAGAAUGGAAGAAGGCGCAUCAGCAAUCAUGUUGAGAAAAGUCAAAGAUACAGGUGAUGACAUCGCAACAUUGACUUUAGUUGAUAACCAGCUUGGUUUAUAUGACGAAGCGAAGAAAAUCGCAACAGAAAACAGAAGAUUCGAUUUGGUUGCGAAGACACAAGCAUCUCUUGGUGAUUGGCAAGGAUCUUUGAACACAACAAUUGCUUCUGAUAGAAUACACAAGAAUACUCGCGAAUACAAGAUCGCGAGAUCUCUUGAAGUCAGAGGAGAUUUAGGAGAAGCAAUCAAACAUUACGAGCAAAGUGGAACAAUUGCAACAGAAUUACCUCGUUUGGCUUUGCAGGCUAAUGAUUUGAAGUUGUUUUUCGCGUAUAUAGCUGAUAGAAGUGUAACAGAAAUUCCUCCAAGAAUGUUAGUAUGGAUUGGAAGAUUCUAUGAAGCACACAAACAAACGGAUCAAGCUCUUGAAUACUUCGAUUACGCGAAUGCCACAAAAGAAAGCGUUAGAUUACUUUGCUGCACGGAUAGAUGGGAUGAAGCAGCAAAGAUUGUCCAGAAAUCUAAUGAUAGAUCAGUAAUAACAAGCUACGCGAGACAUUUGAUGAAGAGAUUGGAGUAUUUCAUCAAACCAGAAAAUACAAAUCCACAAGUUGACACUGAAAAAAUGAAGCACGAUAUCAUCGAAUUGUUUAGACGAGCAAGGCAAUUUGCACAAGCCCUUGAGUUCGCAAUACAAUACGAAAUGAUUGAUGAUAUCCUAGCUUUGUCAUUUUCAGCACCACCUGCAAUUGUCUGCAAAGCUGCUCAAUGGUUUGAACAACAGAAAGAAGCCAAAAACGCAAUUCUUUUGUAUUCAAGAUGCGGAAGAAUGAACAGGGCUUUGACUUUGUGCUUCGUGUCUAAACAAUACGACGCAUUGGACGAAAUAUCAGAUACUUUAAACGCAAAGACUGAUAAAGGAGUUUUGAUAAGAUGUGGUAAUUAUUUCGUCGAAUCUGAAAGAUGGUCAAAAGCUGCUCAAUGUUUUGUUUUGGCCGGCCAAUUUGACACUGUUAUUCAAUUGUGCAAUGACCACAACAUUAAGAUCAGCUCUCACAUUCUUCAAGAUUUGGCAGAGACCGUUGCCGACCCACAGAUUAUCCAAAGAUUCGCUGAACUCUGCGAGCAACAAAGCGCAUUCCAAAUUGCUGCUUCUUUGUACGUGAAAUUGAAAGACAUGCAAGCAGCAAUCAAGGCUUUGAUAAGAAGUGGAGAUACAGAGAAAGUUAUCAAGUUCGCGAAAUACAUGAGACGUCGCGAAGGAUACAUUCUCGCAGCUAACUACAUCAGCACUUUGAAUCCAAGAGAAAGUGAAAACAAUUUCGACACUGUUGUAAUGUUUUACAACAAAGCUCAGGCUUAUGAUAAAUUGGCAAGAUUCUAUGAAAGCUCUGCACAAACAGAGAUUGAUGAAUACCAAGAAUACGAGAAAGGAUUGGACUUACUCGCAAAGGCUGUUGAUGUACUCCAAAAUAACGAAGCAAGCAACAGAGAGCAAAUUUUGGAAACUCUCAAUGCAAAGAUUCAAUUAAUUCAGAUUUAUGUCGCUGCUUCUCAGAGCGUCAAAGAAGACCCACAAAAGGCUUUGACUGCUUGCGUCCAGUUAUUGAAGACAAAGGGAAUCGAAACAUGCAUGAGACCUGAUGAUAUUUACAUACUCAUGGUCCAAUGCUACGUUCAACAAGGAAACUUAAACUCUGCUCACAAAAUUUUGGAAGAUUUAAGACAGAGCGGAACAGAUAUUACGUGGUUCAUGGAUGUAGAAGCAAUUCAGAAGAUAUAUCAGGCUGUGGGAGAUACCUUCGAAGCAAAGGAAGGUGAAGGUGAAGAUUAUAGCGAAGUUAUGGACUUAGAUGAUGCUGAUGUUGAAUAA